AUGUUGGUGAGCCAUGGGCUGAAUUCAACAAAGCUGGUACGGCAUCAAAGCAGCGUCACUGCGGCUUCUGAUGAUGCCCCGGAAGAGGCGCCCGAAGGAACCUACAGUGAAGCAGACCAUGAACACGCUGUUAUUUCUACGUUCGAUCUGUUCUCCAUCGGCAUUGGUCCCUCUUCCUCACAUACUGUAGGACCGAUGCGUGCCGGCAAUAUCUUCGUGACAGAUCUUCAGGAAGCAGGGUUGUUGCAACAGGUGGAGAAAAUUCACGUCUCACUCUACGGCAGCUUGGCGCUGACUGGAGAGGGACACAUGACACCUUCCGCAUUGCUUCUGGGUUUGGAGAGCGCAGAUGUCGAGACUGUCGAUACAGCUUACGUGCCUGAAAGAUUUGAGCAAAUCAAGAAGGAAAAAAAGUUAUUUAUUGGCCAGGGCUUACCAGAAGGCAAGGGCAAAGGAAAAGAAAUCAUUUUCGAUUAUGAGCGCGACUUCAGAUGGCAAUGGGGAAAGAAGCUUGCGCUUCACAGUAACGGACUACGACUUACAGUUUUCGAUAAAGAUGGCAACAUGCUAGCUACGAACGAUCUUUUCAGUGUAGGCGGAGGGUUCGUCGUCAACGGUGCCAUGUCCACUGCUGCCACAUCUACCACCACAACAGAAAGUGGAAGCGGCGAACUCUGCUCCACUCACGAUGAGCCGACCGGUCGGCAUCCAGCUGACCUCGCGGAAAACAUGUACUACAAAGAGAUCAGACGCUCGGAUGCAGCAGGUGAUCGUAGAACGGGUGCGGAAAUAAGAGCCAGCGAUAACAGUGAAGCCCCGACUGGCCUUCUCGGGGAGGAGGAGAAUGGGCUUGUCCAAUCUGCGGUCUCCGGAGAUGUGGCCGCGCCCAGAUUCGAAGAGACGCAAGGGCCACGCUACCCAUUUCGCGACGCCAGCAGUCUUCUGGCCUUGUGUCACAAGCACAACCUGACGAUUGCGCAGCUAGUCUACGAGAAUGAGAAGAGCCAUGGAUAUACGGAUGAAGAAAUUCAAGAAAAAAUCUGGCGCAUCUGGGAAGUGAUGGACAACAGUAUUCUUGAGGGUGUGCAAGCACCUGUCGAUGAGACAUUGCCCGGCUCUCUGAAGCUGCAUAGACGAGCACCCGCAUUGUAUCGACGACUUACUAGGGGAUUGUACCCGUCUCACACGCAGAGUCUUAGCACAACAAGUCCGCGUAGCCCUUUGAAUUCUCCCAGACCUAUUAAGAGCACGACCACGACCACAUCCACAACAGCAUUGGCGCGAAAAGAGGCCUCAGGUAAACGCGGACCCCCACGUGUUCAUGGCUCUAUAGCCCACCCUGUCAUGCCUUCACCACUGCGAAGAACCACAUUUCCGGCGAUGGAUCAUUUGAGUGUGUAUGCCAUGGCCGUGAAUGAGACGAAUGCAGCUGGUGGGCGGAUUGUCACUGCUCCUACAAAUGGUGCUGCGGGUAUCAUCCCAGCCGUUUUAAAAUACACCGUUGAGUUUCUCAGCGAUGAUGUUGAGCGUGAUGUGCCGACCUUCCUCCUGACAGCGGCCGCUCUCGGUAUGUUAUACAAGCGUGGCGCUACAAUUUCCGCCGCCGAAGGAGGAUGCAUGGCCGAAGUCGGUGUAGCUUGUAGCAUGGCAGCUGGUGCGUUUGCGGCAUGUAUGGGAGCGAGUCCGGAGACAAUCGAGCAGGCCGCUGAAAUAGGCAUCGAGCAUAAUCUCGGAUUAACUUGUGAUCCUAUCGGUGGGCUUGUCCAGGCGCCAUGCAUCGAGCGAAAUGCCUUAGGCGCUGUAAAGGCCAUCUCAAGUGCCAAUCUUGCUCUGAGCAGCUCCGGCAUGCAGAAAGUUCGCCUUGAUGAUGCCAUUCGCGCCAUGCGCCUUACCGCCAAGGGUAUGCGCAACGAGUUCAAGGAGACAAGUCUCAGUGGCCUGGCGACCAGUGUUCCCUUCAACAUUCCCGUCAGUGUCCCAGACUGUUGA